GCAGUGGCUUCUAUUCGCUGUAGUGAUGCUGAGAAAUCCUUUUUGUUUCCAUCUUCGUUUGAUCCUAAAAGUGUGUUUCUGAACGAGCCGGAUAAGAAAACUAAGCACAGCCUGAUGUAAACAGCACAAUUGAAAGUUUCUCUUCACAGAUCUGAAACCUGCUGAGACAAGAACGUAAAGUAUCUCUAGUGAGACUGGGUCGGGUUAAAACAUGAAGAAUAAACUCAAUUCACAACUAAAAUCCAAACAUUUCACUUAGUGAAGUAAAAACACAAGCUGGACAUGAAAUAGUUCACAUGUAACAGAAGCUAUUGCCUCAGUCGCUGUGAUAAACAUGAAUCUGACUGUAGAAACUGAUCAGAGAUCAGUUUGUUACCAGUAAAAGUGGAUGUGAUGUUUCCUGUUCGAUGUCUCUGUUGCAAUGAUGUCUGACGUCUUGUGACAGGUUUUAAAGCUUCUUCUUUUUCUCAUCCUUUGUCACAUAAAGAUGGAGGAAAACAUAUGCCUCUUGGAGAGUUUUGAGAGGUACAUGGAGGACUUGGAGAGAGAGAGAAGGAGCUCUUCUCCCUUCUGGACGAGAUCUUUCAGGAGUACCAGCCUUCUUCUUUUCCUCCUCCACCUUCUCCUCUUGAACAUCCUCCCUCACCUUUCCUUCCUUCUUUUGCUCCUGCAUCAUAUCCCCCUCCUCCUUCUCCUUUUUAGCUCCUACUUUCUCCUACUUCUUUUCUUUACCUCCCACCCUCUCCUCCCGUUGUUUCUUCUUCUGCCUUCACCUCAUACUCCCACUGUCCCUUCUCUGCCACCAUCCCUUCUUCCUAGCACUCCACCUGCUGCUCCUGCCUCUGCUCCAGUCUCCAACCCAAAUAAGAGAAAGCGUGAGCACCAGCAGGAGGACCGUCCCUAUGUGAAGAAGCCACCAAAUGCCUUCAUGAUCUUCCUGCGGGACCAGAGGUCCAAGGUGGUGGCUGAGCUGAAUCUGACAGGCAGCACUGCUGUCGUGGGCCAGAGGGUAAGUGUGUUUGCUACAGAAUGAUAAUGAUUUUGCUUCCUUGGAUUAUUGUUCACCAACAGCUUGUCUCACUGUCUUCUGUUCACAGUGGAAGGAAAUGUCUCCAGAGCAGAGGAACGUCUACUUCCACCAGGCUCACAAGUGUAGCGUUGUUAAUCUACAUAACUAGAAUUUAACGCUUUUGCAAUUCAGCUUUGUUACAUUCUGAGAAAGAUCAAACGAAUUGGCAAUGAAACUU